AUGUCUUCCUACAAAGAUCUCAUCCGCCUGAACGUGCUUGGGCGGCGGGGGAAAAUUACGCCAGGCUCACUCUCCAGCUCCCUUCCCAAGACGAAGCAGGGAGACCAAGUCACUUCCACUAGCUCUACCCGUGCACAAGCCGGUAGCCUUCCAGACAACACCCACGACCGCAAUGGCGACAACAACGGCAACACCGACGACCACAAUAGCAGCAACAAAGGCAACAACAACAAGAAGCCAGACCAAGCUGUCCCCCGAGGCCGUGACAUGGCCCAGGACCUCCAAGGCAUAGGCUGUUGGGCAGACAAACGUUCCACUUGA